GCUGUCAGGUCUGCGGCUGAUCUCCCGGUGGGAUUUGCGGACAGUCAUGAACCAGACCGAGGCUCCCCGGCCACUCAACUGGACCAUCCGGAAGCUGUGCCAUGCCGCCUUCCUCCCCUCUGUCAGACUCCUUAAGGCACAGAAAUCAUGGAUAGAAAGAGCGUUUUACAAGAGAGAAUGUGUUCACAUCAUACCCAGCACCAAAGACCCCCAUAGGUGUUGCUGUGGGCGUCUAACAGGCCAACACAUUGGACAGCCUCCGAGCGCCUCCGUGACUCAGAACGAGAAAAAUGAAACCAGGCUUACUCGCAAUGACAUCCAGUCGGAGAAGUGGUCCAUCAGCAAGCACACCCAGCUCAGCCCGACGGACGCUUUUGGAACCAUUGAGUUCCAAGGAGGAGGCCACUCCAAUAAAGCCAUGUAUGUACGUGUGUCUUUUGACACAAAGCCUGACCUUCUUCUGCACCUGAUGACCAAAGAGUGGCAGCUCGAGCUCCCCAAACUUCUCAUCUCUGUGCAUGGGGGCCUUCAGAAUUUUGAACUUCAGCCAAAACUCAAACAAGUCUUUGGAAAAGGACUUAUUAAGGCUGCAAUGACAACUGGAGCAUGGAUUUUCACUGGAGGAGUAAACACAGGGGUCAUUCGGCAUGUUGGAGAUGCCCUGAAAGAUCAUGCCUCAAAAUCUCGAGGGAAGAUCUGCACCAUCGGUAUCGCUCCCUGGGGGAUUGUGGAAAAUCAAGAGGACCUGAUUGGCAAAGAUGUGGUCCGACCAUACCAGACGAUGUCCAAUCCCAUGAGCAAGCUGACAGUGCUCAACAGCAUGCAUUCUCAUUUUAUUUUGGCUGACAAUGGUACUACUGGUAAAUAUGGAGCAGAGGUAAAGCUUCGUAGACACCUGGAAAAGCACAUUUCACUUCAGAAGAUAAAUACAAGAAUUGGCCAAGGGGUUCCAGUGGUGGCCCUUAUUGUGGAAGGAGGUCCCAAUGUCAUCUCCAUUGUUCUGGAGUACCUGCGAGACACUCCUCCUGUUCCCGUUGUGAUCUGCGAUGGCAGUGGCCGAGCAUCUGACAUCCUUGCCUUUGGUCACAAAUAUUCUGAAGAAGGAGGACUUAUCAACGAGUCUUUGAGGGACCAGUUGCUAGUUACCAUCCAGAAGACUUUCACAUACACCCGAACCCAGGCACAGCACCUCUUCAUUAUCCUCAUGGAGUGCAUGAAGAAGAAGGAGCUGAUCACAGUUUUUCGAAUGGGAUCAGAAGGACACCAGGAUAUUGAUUUAGCGAUCCUGACAGCGCUGCUAAAAGGAGCUAACGCAUCUGCUCCCGACCAGCUGAGCCUGGCACUAGCCUGGAACAGAGUAGACAUCGCCCGCAGUCAGAUCUUUAUUUAUGGGCAACAGUGGCCGGUGGGCUCCCUUGAGCAAGCAAUGCUGGAUGCACUGGUAUUGGACAGAGUGGAUUUUGUGAAAUUGCUCAUAGAAAAUGGAGUAAGCAUGCAUCGUUUUCUCACCAUCUCCCGGCUAGAGGAAUUGUACAAUACGAGACAUGGGCCAUCCAACACUCUGCAUCAUCUAGUCAGGGACGUGAAAAAGCGAGAAUAUCCAGGUUUCGGUUGGAUCUAUUUUAAGGGGAACUUGCCUCCUGAUUAUCGGAUAAGUCUGAUUGACAUUGGGUUGGUGAUAGAGUACCUGAUGGGAGGAGCGUAUCGCUGCAAUUACACCCGAAAGCGGUUCAGAACUCUGUACCACAAUUUGUUCGGGCCUAAGAGGCCAAAAGCCCUGAAGCUGUUGGGAAUGGAGGAUGAUGUCCCUUUGCGUCGGGGGAGAAAACCAACAAAGAAGAAAGAAGAAGAAGUUGAUAUUGAUAUGGAUGACCCUGAGAUCAAUCACUUUCCCUUCCCAUUCCAUGAGCUGAUGGUGUGGGCUGUGCUGAUGAAACGUCAGAAGAUGGCCCUCUUCUUUUGGCAGCAUGGGGAAGAGGCUAUGGCUAAAGCACUGGUAGCCUGCAAACUCUGCAAAGCCAUGGCCCAUGAAGCAUCAGAAAAUGACAUGGUGGAUGACAUAUCCCAAGAGCUGAACCACAAUUCUAGGGACUUCGGCCAGCUGGCGGUCGAGCUGUUGGACCAGUCGUACAAGCAGGACGAGCAACUGGCCAUGAAACUGCUGACCUAUGAGCUGAAGAACUGGAGCAACGCCACGUGCCUGCAGCUUGCAGUGGCAGCCAAGCACAGGGACUUCAUCGCCCACACUUGCAGCCAGAUGCUGCUCACUGACAUGUGGAUGGGUCGUCUCCGAAUGCGAAAAAAUUCUGGCCUAAAGGUAAUUCUAGGAAUUCUACUUCCUCCUUCAAUCCUCAGCUUGGAGUUCAAGAACAAAGAUGAUAUGCCCUACAUGACCCAGGCCAAUGAGAUCCAUCUUCAAGAAAAGGAUCCAGAGGAACCAGAGAAGCCAGUGAAAGAAAAAGAUGAGGAAGACAUGGAGCUCACUGCAAUGCUGGGACGGGGAAAUGGAGAGUCCUCAAGAAAGAAAGAGGAUGAAGAAGUUCAGAGCAGACACAGGAUGAUCCCUAUUGGAAGAAAGAUUUACGAAUUCUACAAUGCUCCCAUCGUGAAGUUUUGGUUUUACACCCUGGCCUACAUAGGGUACUUGAUGCUGUUCAACUACAUUGUGUUGGUGAAGAUGGAUCGCUGGCCAUCUAUUCAGGAGUGGAUUGUCAUUUCAUACAUUUUCACUCUGGGAAUAGAGAAGAUGAGAGAGAUCCUCAUGUCAGAGCCUGGGAAACUGCUGCAAAAAGUCAAAGUUUGGCUCCAGGAGUACUGGAAUGUUACCGACCUCAUAGCCAUCCUGCUGUUCUCUGUUGGGAUGGUCCUCCGUCUGCAGGACCUGCCUCUGCGGAGCGACGGGCGCGUGAUCUACUGCGUCAACAUCAUUUACUGGUACAUCCGGCUGCUGGACAUCUUCGGCGUCAACAAGUACCUGGGGCCCUACGUCAUGAUGAUCGGGAAAAUGAUGAUAGACAUGAUGUACUUUGUCAUCAUCAUGUUGGUGGUUCUGAUGAGCUUUGGUGUGGCAAGACAGGCAAUUCUCUUCCCCAAUGAGGAGCCUUCGUGGAAGCUGGCGAAAAACAUUUUUUACAUGCCUUACUGGAUGAUCUAUGGGGAAGUGUUUGCAGACCAGAUAGACCCACCUUGUGGUCAAAACGAAACCCGAGAAGAUGGCAAAAUAAUCCAGCUACCGCCCUGCAAGACAGGAGCAUGGAUCGUUCCUGCCAUCAUGGCCUGCUACCUCUUGGUAGCAAACAUCCUUUUGGUGAACCUCCUCAUUGCGGUUUUCAACAACACAUUUUUUGAAGUAAAAUCUAUAUCAAACCAAGUUUGGAAGUUUCAAAGGUACCAGCUCAUCAUGACAUUCCAUGAAAGACCUGUUCUCCCACCACCUCUGAUCAUUUUCAGCCACAUGACGAUGAUAUUUCAACACCUCUGCUGCAGAUGGAGGAAGCAUGAAAGUGACCCGGACGAGAGAGACUAUGGAUUGAAACUUUUCAUAACUGAGGAUGAAUUGAAAAAGGUCCAUGACUUUGAGGAGCAGUGCAUAGAGGAGUAUUUCAGAGAAAAGGAUGACAGAUUCAACUCUUCCAAUGAUGAAAGAAUCCGUGUCACUUCAGAAAGGGUGGAGAACAUGGCCAUGCGACUGGAAGAAGUAAAUGAGAGAGAGCACUGCAUGAAGGCCUCUCUGCAGACCGUUGACAUCAGGCUAGCUCAGCUGGAAGACAUGAUGGGACGGAUGGUGACUGCCUUGGAAAAAAUGACUGGCAUUGAGAGAGGCGAGACGACUAAGAUACGAUCCAGGACCUCAUCUGACUGUACUGAUGCAGCCUACAUUGUGAGGCAGAGUAGCUUCAACAGUCAGGAAGGAAAUGCCUACAAGCUUCAAGAGAGCUUUGAUCCCACAGGAGAGGAGUCCAUGUCCCCAACGUCACCUACAAUCACACCCCGCAUGCGAAGCCACUCCUUCUAUGCAACAAACAUAAAGGACAAGUGUGGGCUGGAAAAGUUGGAAAGCAUUUUUAAGGAGAGAUCUCCUAGCCUGCAUCGGGCAAUCAGUUCCCACUCAAUAGCAAAAGAAGGAAAGGCUCCCUUGCCCCCUACCAGCACUUUGUCAAUCGCCCCAGACUCCAGAAGACCUUCAUCUUGUAUAGACAUCUACGUUUCUGCCAUGGAUGAGAUGCAUUCUGACACAGAACCUCUUGAGAGCUCCAUAAAUAUUCUUGGUCCUGAAGAUGCAGCUCUGCCAGCUCACAUAGCCUCUUCUCUUUUAACUAAUACUGCAUACAUCAGCAGUACAGCUGGUGAAAAGAUCUCUGGCAGGAGUCUUGAUUAUGAGGAAACUUCUGGAAUAGAAACAAGAGCAUUUUCUUCAGACUAUUCACAAAUCACAGACUGCCAAAUCCCAUGGGAUUCAGACCCUCCCUUGUAUCAUGCUUUAGAGCGAUCUAAAAGCAGCCGUUACCUGGCUACAACUCCAUUUAUUCUGGAGGAAACGCCAAUUGUGAAAUCUCACAGCUUCAUGUUCUCUCCUUCUCGAAGCUACUUCAGCAGCCUUGGCGUUCCAGUCAAAACAGCAGAGUACACAAGCAUUACGGAUUGCAUAGACACGAGGUGUGUGAGUGCUCCCCAAGCCAUUGCGGAGAGGGCCAGUUUCCCUGGAAGUCUCAGGGGCAAAGUGGAAGACUUGGGAUGCUGUCACCCAGAGAGAGAAGCUGAACUAACCCACCCAAGCUCUGAUCAUGAGGAUGUUGAGGUCAAAGACAAGAAGGGAACCCCCUUAUCUCCUCAAGACAGCAGUGCUCCAACAACUCUGCCCAACAGCAUCCCACUCCCUAAAAUAGAGCGAGCCAACAGCUACUCUGCAGAGGAGUCCAAUGUGUUGUAUGCACAGCACACACGAAAGAGCUACUCCAUCAGUGACAAACUUGACAGACAGCGAAACACAGCAGGCCCGCAGAACCCCUUGGAGAGGAGUAAGUCCUCAAGGCCAGAGAGCAAAGGGGACAACCUGUCCAUGAGGAGACUGUCAAGAACAGGAGCCUUCUGCAGCUUUGAAAGCAAGCACAGCUAGGCUUAUUCAAAGCUCACCAGCAGUCUAAGGGUCAUCUGCCCUUCAAUCUGUUUUUCCUAGCAGAAUUUUACAAAAGCCCUCACAUCACCCCGUGUCAAGUCCAAUCGGCAUUAGCCAUGGUCAAGGGAGCACAUUUUCAAUCUCAGUAUCACCACUGAGGUACUGCAUCUUGACCCAGUUGACGUUUGCACUUAAAAAAAAAAAAGGGAGGGAUGAAAGCUUUACAAAACCUUCAGUAAACAAGAGGAAUAACAAGCCCCCUUAAUGAAGUCAGAAGAGAUAAAUAAAUAGGUCAAGAUAUCUGCCUUUUAUUAGAGGGCAUCCUAAGACCUUUUAUCAUUAUCCAAGUUUUUAAGAUGCAGGAAUUAACUGGCAAAAAAGAGAUGUACAAAUUAGAUAUUCCAAACUUCAAUCACAACUUCUUUUUCUUCUAUGUCACCAUUGUGAUGACUGGUGAAAAGCAUUUGUUAUUUCUGUAGGAACUGGCAGCAAACAAACCUAAAGUCUCCCAAGUCCCUUGCAUCCCACACUGGUGGAAAUGAAGAAAGAUGAACACAAUAACAACUAUAAAUGUUCACUUGUCUCCUUUUGUAUCAACUUCUAGUGCCACAGAAAGUUUAUAUUUUCAAGAGCGGAAAGGGAAAAGAAAUGCCUUUUUUACUGCAACUUAAAUGGAAGAAGAAUUUAUGUUAAAAUAUCAGGUGAUUUCCUGUAUAAAACAGGCAUUCUAGAUUCUAGCACAGGUGAGCAAGCUCAGGAUGAAUGUAAUUAAGUGGAAUAGUAUAUAUUUAUUUUUUUACCACAUUUGUCAUCAAUAUGUUGUCUCACUAAAUCAAAGGAUGUGAUGAAACAAUAAGAAUUGGAUGAUCAGAGAAGAGUGUAGUAAUAGUGUCCAGUUCUCACUGCUCAGUUUAAUUAUAUAUAUAAACUGGGGAGAUUUAUCCACCAUGCUGCUACUAGCUGCAUUAAUAUGAGCUGCCGAUUCUUCACAUCAUUCCCCCACCUAAAAAUGUACACUUUUUUUUUUCAUGUGAACAUAGCUGUAUUUGGACUUUUUAAAUUAUACAGGAUUUAUCAAGAGGUCUGAAUCCAGAUUCAUGUAAUUAGACUGAAGCUGCUUAAAGGAAAAUAUUUUUGGCAGAGGACUGGAAAACACUAGAAUUUCUAUAUGCUUCUAAGGUAAGUAAAAGAACCAAAGUGAAACUGCAAGUGUUUGUAAACAGCAAAAGCCAUCAGUUGUGAGUAGGCAUCCACCGUUCAUUAGCCUAUCAGACAUUGAGCACUUCUAGUAGGAGAAAGUGUGUCUGAACGGUAGGGCAGUUACGGGUUUUGUAACUCCACUGAUUCCACACACGUUCCAAGGGUCCACAUUGUCAACCGGAGUUUCAGACUUCUCAUGAGACAGUGUCCAGUGGUCACAGGUGGAAGGGUAUACAGAAGACUGGAAAAGGGUGGAGAAGCAUAAACCGCUAUUGGAAAAACAAUUCACAUUCCUUUAUGGCGGCACAACUUGUAAGCUUUUAAAAAGUUGACACUAGUGCUAUUAAAAGUUAAAAUAUCUCAACGGUUACCAACAUCUGUGUAGAACCAGCUCAUUUUUGUUAUCAAAAAUGAACAUUUGUGAGUGGGGUACAUAUUUCACAUUAUUUAAAUGUGAAUUAUCUUUCAAAGGAAGCUUUGAGAAUACAAGCUGAUGUUUCUCACUGAGUCCUCACCCUAGGAGAUUCACAGCACUCACAAUCUGAGAGUUAAGUCCAAGAGGCAAUUAAUCCAGACAGAAGAAUAAUCAUCAGCCUCAAGAAAAGAGGCAAAGAAGGUGAAAACAUUUAGUUAACAAGUCACUGCGUUGGAAAGUUCAGGAAACAAGGAAAUGCAGCAAGGGGAUGUUAAGAACAAUGUAUUUCACUUCCUGCACCAACGUGUUCCUUGUUUUCUUCUGUUUGAUCAGGCUUUCAGUGAACUAAGCUCUACCAAGACACAAUGCUUAUGCAAUUGCCUUGCAGCCCAUGUGCAUCAUUACAGUCACAUGGCGAUACCAAGAAAGGUCAGAAACCUUUCUGUGCAUUAUGAAGCAUGCUUUUGGCAGGCUGAUUGUUGAGCAAAAUGCCCAAGGGCAAAGGAACUUGUAUUUAACAACAUGCUUCAAAUGUGCCAACCUUUAGUUAGCAGCCUUUUCCGAAGGCUUCUCCAAAUCUAUCUUAUCUAUGGAGAGAAGAGGGGGAUAUUCUUACUUCAUUUUCUUUGUUACUUUUAUGAAUGUCUGCUAAAACUGUUGUGGACUCUUUCAUCUUCAUUGUAUUACUGGUCUACUCAAGAGGAAUCUCAGAUUCAUUAGAAAUUCCUCACCAGUGCUUAGUGAAUUAGUUCAAGGCAUAGGCUUCUCCUCUGGGGUAGAUUCCAUUGGUUAGUUUGUCAGGGUUAAGAAAUUUGCCAAGCCCAGAAGCUGUAUAAAUGUUUAGGAUACAGCACCUUAUUGAUCUGGAGCACACAUUCCAGGUAAAAUGAAGCAGAACACUUUACUUACCUCUUAAAUUUUGCCAUUAUAUAUAACAUGUAAAUUCAGAUGUUAAAAGUGUGAUUGCAAGAUGUCAGAACACUAUUUUUCCUGAAUGUUUCCCAUUUAUUCUACAAUGUGGUGUCUGUAGAAUAUAUUAUGAUGGAUGUUAGAUUGUCUUAUUUUCACCUGGUUUUUACACAUGGCAUCAAACUGCUCCUUUUUGAAUUUGAUGAUAAAACUCUCACUUAUUGCAAUGGGACCAGACUUCCCAUUCUCGAUAUUAUGACCAUUUAAUGAGAUAGAAGCCUCAUCAUCCAUCAUCAUGUAGCUAUAGCAUGUGCCAUAUGAUGUAUUCUGUAUCAAAGGAUAUCUUAUGAACUAGACACAUAUAUAGUUGUGACAUGUGGUAAUAUUAGUGAACGUUACAGGACAGUUUUAAUAUCUCAUUACAUGGUCUUGUUUGUAUAUCUGUAACUUUCAAUAAAAUAGCACAUGCUGCAUCAAACAUUAAGUUCCACUAUCCAAUUAUUAGCUUACAUAUGGAAUAUGCAUUUCUGGUCACAGUGUGUAAGUUUGGUAUGUUUCACGCAUUUCUUUGUAUAGCUUCACUUAAAAUGUCUGUAUGAGCUGAUGUAUAAACCUCUAAUGAGCCACUGUGGGCUGUGACAGACGAGUUGUGAUGGUGUGAAAGAUGAACUGGCAUGUUAUGCAAAAGAUUAUAAGAUAAAUGAACUUUAAUAAUAUUUUAAAACUCAACUGAGCUUAGCUGUUUGUUUACAUAUGCUGGUUGACUGAGGAAGCAGUGUGCAGUAUUUUAUAAAUAUUUUCCUAUAGUAAUCCAUUUUGUUGUUUCCAGUUUCAGUGAUUCUAUUCUACAGUUGGGGUAUACACUUGUCUUAGGUAUUGUAUUAUAGCACAUUAUUCUUUCACAAUAACAGUGUGAUAUGACUGAAGUAGUUUCUGUUCCUUACAGUCCAGUCUUUUUUUGUGUCAAAGAAAAUGCAUGCAUUGUUCCAUGAGUUUCUUUGGACUGCUAGGAGACUUAACAUUUUGCUAUUGCCUGCCUGUAAAGAUGAAUCCAGUUAGGAAUGAAUUCAAACUUUUGGAUGUUUACAUUCUUUCCAUUAUUUUUGAUCUUUAGCAAAGUAAGUAAUUUUUUUAUUAUUUUUAAAAGACAAUUGUAUUUUAUGAAAUUUGAAUACUCAAAAUGCGAACCUACAGCAGUGCUCAGACAUUUGGCUCUCUCUUUUUUUGGAAGAGAUCAGGUGCUACACUAUUUUCUUAGCACAAGUGCCAGUUAACAAAUGGCAGUGAGGGGAUAAUUUGAAAAUAUAAUGAAAAACCAAAACAUCCAUUCAUAUACGUACGGAAAUCCCUCUGGGUUCCAGACAUAGAUUACCUUCUCUUUUUUUUCUUUUUUUUUUUUUUUAUUUUCCAUUUAUAGAUUUUUUGGUAAAAAAAAAAAACAAAAAACAAUGAAACUGAUUUGUACCUUUUGCGGAAAGGAUAGCCUUUUGUCAGGGGAUAAAUAUCUUAGUUAGGUAUAUUUUUUGUAUGAGAAGAAAAUGAUUUGUUUCUUAGAAACCGUCAGUGCAUGGAAAAUGCAACUACAUGAAUAACUGCUCAAAAAAACAAGUGCUGGUAGCAGCACACAGCCUUAGUCCAAUGACUGCAGUGGGUGCAAGCCAGUAUCUGUCCUGAGAGCAGAAGUUAUCAAAGGUUUUAGAGUGAGCCAGCGAAACAAAAUGCUCUGUAAAGUCAUGGUGCAGGUUUUCAAGACAAGCAUGAAUGUCUUGUUAUGUUGCUCAGGUUAAACGUUGAAAAGGAUCUGAUAAUGGCCCGAAGGGAAAGUGUGAGCUGGUUUUUCCUGGAUUUCCCUUGGAAUGCUUAAGUAGUUGUGAUGUUUUCCCCUGCUUAAAAAUUAUAACAUAUUUGCAUUUUUGCACAAAUACAUAUAAUUAGUUCAACAAAGACCACAUUUUUAGUUCUGUUGUGAGAUACUAGGUAUAGAUCAUCAUCUUUAAAAAAAAUGGGUAAGAUUCCUAUCAUGAAGUUUCCCUUCAACCACCUAAGAUAAAAUCACAGUCCAAACUGGGACAAGUGAGGCAUUGGAGGGUGUCUGCUUACCUAGUAAAACCCUUCACAUUCACUGUCCUUGCUACAUGUUGGCAUAGGAGCAGUAAUACUGGAUGCAGAGGAACUUUGUUUCUGCACCCUGCUUUAUACCCAGUCAUACAGUGAAUGCUACAGGUCCCACAGGCUUCUCUUCUCCAGGAUUGAUUACAUUUAUGGUCUUACCCACAGUAGUGCAAAUCUACAGAAAAAAUCCACUGAUUUCAGUGGUGCAUUCUCACUUCUGUCAGGAGAUGGAUUUAUUUUGCAUUUCUAACUCAAUAUUAACUUUGAGUCAUGGCAUGGGAUACACUAUAUCAUCUUCAAGUUGGAAGUCUAAUGAUGGAGCCAUUGAGCCAGUCUGGUUGUGAAACAGUCUUUGACCUUUUAAUUUUUGCUGUAUGCUUUCAGAUCAUUCACAGAGCCACACAAUACUUAUUUCAAAAGGCUGUUAGGUAAAAACAUUUGAUUAUUAAAUUGCUGCUGUUUCUGCUGCAGGGAAGUGAUAACUCUUGUUUAUUUUAAUAUCUGGGAGGGAGGGGGAAGGGACAGAAGAGGAAAUUGGAUGUGAAAUACAGUUUUAUGCCUGCACAAGAGUAAAUUGUAUUAAAGUUAUAUCUUUUUUCCACCACUGCAGUUGUUGUACAUGACGAGAGUCUAUUUGCUGCUGCUGCUGUCUGGAACAGUGUUUGCAAUAUUCUAUACUAAUAGCUAUUUAAUCAUUUAUUAUUUGGGCUAUCAUUUGUAAGUGUGUAACAAUCAUUUAUAAAGGGAUAAAAAUUACUAAAAUGUUAUUUUAAACAAACUCCUACUAAUACAAAGCUUUUCAAGUAUCAUUUGUCUAAAUGUACAUAACUAAGGAAAAUGGUCCUUUCCAAAGGUCUACUGGAUUCACAAUGCACUUUUAGACUGUGUUUAGAUGCGUAAUAAAAGCAGACGUUGGCAAUUACUACAGUAGAACUUUCUGAAAUUUCUGUAACUAUUGUUUUGCAAUAAAAAAAA